AGCUCCGCGCAUGCUCAGCAUCAACUAGAGUGGCAAUACACACCGGCUCACGGCCAGCCGCGGCGCUUGCGCCGUAGCGGCCUGGAGUCGGUACGCGUAGGACGUUUCUCGAACCUUGACUCCGGGCCUCCGCAAGAACCUCUUUGUGCUUAGUGUCCUGUGCACACUCCUUGCAAGCGACGGCGCCAUGAGUCUGACUUCCAGCGUACGAGUUGAAUGGAUCGCAGCAGUUACUAUUGCUGCUGGGACAGCUGCAGUUGGUUAUCUAGCUUACAAAAGAUUUUAUGUUAAAGAUCAUCGCAACAAAUCUAUGGUAAACCUUCACAUCCAGAAAGACAACCCCAAGAUAGUACAUGCUUUUGAUAUGGAGGAUUUGGGAGAUAAAGCUGUGUAUUGCCGUUGUUGGAGGUCCAAAAAGUUCCCAUUCUGCGAUGGAUCUCACACAAAACACAACGAAGAGACUGGAGACAACGUGGGACCUCUGAUCAUUAAGAGAAAGGAAACUUAAAUAGACAGUUUUGACACUGCAAACAAACUUGUCAUGAUGUUUUCUGAUUGUUUAAUUAGAAUGACUACGACUUCUGUCUAAUUCACCUCCCUUGGGUCCUAGAUGUGGUCUGUUGGAAACUGCAGCUUUCAUAUUCAUGGCAUUUGCCUUACUUGUUGAACCAUUGUGGUGCACAUUUGUUUAAACAAAAAAAGGAGAAAGUAAAAACCAACUUCAUGGCUUGUGGGUUAUUUUGGUCUUGUAAGGAUCCGUUUCUUUAUGUUUAAAGUAAUUAUAUUAGAAUAUAGUUCUGUAUUAAAGUUACCAUUAAAUUAUUGUCAAAAUCCUGUAUAUGCAGGUUGUACUUAUAAGUUUCAAAGAAAAUUACCACCUUUUAAUAUUACUUAGUUAACCUAGAAAGUAAAUUGGGUGUGAUUAAGGUAAAUCUCUUAAUAUAGGAAAAACCUGUUACGACCAUGAUUCUCUACUUGACAGAGAUGACACUGAGAAAAUAUAACUUCUAUAUUUUCAUAGUUUUUAAUCAAAAUGAACUUGGAAUGUUAUUCUGCUUAAUUAUAAGUGGGCCGGACCUAAAAUAAAAGGGCACAGUAGCUUCUUUAUUCAUUUUCAU